UCCCCCCAAAGACCCUACUGCAAACAGUACACACUCGCAAACCCAAACGCAAACAUCACUCACUCACUCACACCCUUCCUUCACCCCCUCACUCAUUCACUCACUCAACUCACACCAGUAACUACACUACAUACACCCCCCUCUCUCUCACACUCUCUCUCAUAAAUUGUUAAGUUGUAGAUGGUCCCACUUACCCGUUGUUGUCGGAAUCGGAAGCGAUGAACGGCGGAAGCACCGUUCCCUUCCGAUCCAUCCUCGACAAACCCCUUACCCAGCUCACCGAAGAUGACAUUUCUCAACUCACACGCGAAGACUGUCGCAGAUUCCUCAAAGAAAAAGGGAUGCGCAGGCCUUCCUGGAACAAAUCACAAGCGAUCCAGCAAGUUAUUUCUCUCAAAGCACUUCUCGAACCUACCGACGACGAUUCUCCCGCCCCCGUCUCCUCCGCCAUACACCACCACCACCACCAUCAACCUCCACAAGGGAAUUUGAAUGAAUCUCCGGCGAAAGGAACGGAUCCUGAAGAUAUUGGUUUUCGUGCUGCGGAGGAUCUUCAGAAAUCUACUUCAUCUGCUGCGGAAGAACCUACGGACACUAAUGAUGCCAACGUUGUUAGCCCCGCCGGAGGGUGCGCACCUAGCGGAUCAUUUGGGCAAAUGACAAGUUUCUACUGUGGUAAGGUUAAUGUCUAUGAUGGAGUCUCACCGGAUAAGGCACGAUCAAUCAUGCAGCUAGCUGCAAGUCCGUCCCUGUUUCCUCAGGAUAAUCCUUCAAAUAAAAAUGCUGCAGUUUGGGCUUCUCCUUGCAACUUACCGAUUGAUAAGGAUGGUCUCUUCCCCACUGACACAAUCCUUCAAGUUGUUCAAACAGAUAAGAUGGUGGAACAUCCUCUGCAAUACAGGGAGAAAGGGAGCACAGCUCGUGAUGCUGAUGUAGAGGGUCUGGCAAGCAGAAAAGUGUCACUGCAGCGAUAUCUUGAAAAGCGAAAGGACAGGGGAAGACCAAAAGGAAAGAAACUGACUGGCAUAACUUCAUCUAACUUUGAGAUGUAUUUGAACCUUCCAGUGAAGGUCCAUGCCUCAAAUGGGAAUUCAAGUCGUAGUAGCACUGACUCUCCUCCACAGCCUAGACUGCCUCCAGUUUCCAGUGGCUCAGCUGACAACCAGCAAAAAGUUGCCCUUCCCAUUGAUCUCAAUGAUAAAGAUGUUCAAGAAUGCUAAAACUCGAGACUAGUUAGAUUUUGCAGAUUUGGAACUCGUAGAUGAUUGAAGAGAACGAUGCUGUAUGACUGACAAGAAGAGACCAUAGCUUCUGGGAACCUAUUGCAAGAAACAUUGGGCCUAGACUAGAGCGGUCAAUUUUUAGUAGCUUUAACUUCUGGGAAAACUUUUAUGUUUAGGAUAGUCGAGUGUCCCGCUGACCUGAUCAAUUUUGUAAUAACAGUCAUCUAGUUUCAUUGUUCGGGAAUUUCUUGUCUUGUAACUUAAGGUUUUCUGAGUUAGUAAAAUGUAGAGUGAGGAGCAGCCACUUUCCCAAGAAUAUGUGAUAUGUAAUGUAAAUUCACUGUGCUGCUGCUUGUUAAUUGUUAAUAGCUUUUAUGCAACCUAAACUGGACUCUUAGUCUU